UAUCCUUCCGCAUGGCUGGAGCCCAGGGGAACGCCUCUAAAGGGGGAGAGAAAGAAGAGAAGGGAAGGAAGGGGAGGAAGAAAGAAAGAAAGAAAGAAAGACAGCCGGCGGAGAGGAGGAGGAGAACCCUGCGCGGUUUUUGCGCGACGAGUUGGAGAGGCGGUCCCAGCGUGCCUUGAUCCCUUCGCCUUUUUUCUGUCACAACAAAGCCUCCUUUUCCUUGCCUCACUCCUCCGACUCUAUUCCCCGUGGAACGAUAGCCACGUUCAGUUUUGCCUCCUGUUAUUGUUGUUGCCGCAGGCAGAGAGGAAUGUUUGCCUUUUGAGAAGAAGGAGAAGCCAAGGAGGUCUUUUUUUUUGUCCAAAGGGGAAACUAAAUAAAGGGGCUUCCGGAGAGAUCCUUUCUCGACCCCCACCCGCCUUCCCCGCCCCCCGAAAGCCAUGACAUGGCUUGACCCGAAGAGCGCUCCAAGCUGCGCCGAAGGGGAUCCUCGGAUUGCCUUGGAGGACUGCAACAGGGUUGCUGUGGAUGCUGGCUUUGCACAGGACCUGGAGAAUAACCUGCUACGUUUUCAUGGCUGCCACCGGCGGCUGAUCAUCUGGGGGUUUUGCAGCUCCUGACUGUUGACGGGAAACCUUUCUGGAUGUUUUUCUGUGACUUCGUGUGAAUGUGUUAGGGAAGAAAAAUGCCUCUGCCUUUUGGGCUAAAACUGAAACGAACUCGACGCUACACAGUGUCUAGCAAGAGCUGCUUGGUGGCCCGUAUCCAGCUGCUUAACAAUGAGUUUGUGGAGUUCACACUAUCGGUGGAGAGCACAGGACAGGAAAGCCUGGAAGCUGUCGCACAGAGGCUUGAGCUUCGAGAGAUCACCUAUUUUAGCCUUUGGUAUUUCAACAAGCAGAACCUGCGCCGGUGGAUAGAUCUUGAUAAACCACUGAAAAAACAACUGGAUAAAUAUGCAUUAGAGCCAACUGUAUUCUUUGGGGUGGUUUUUUAUGUGCCUUCUGUCUCCCAGCUUCAGCAGGAGAUUACCAGAUACCAGUAUUAUCUUCAAUUGAAGAAAGAUAUCUUAGAAGGAAACAUUCCUUGCACAUUUGAGCAAGCAAUUCAUCUGGCUGGCUUAGCUGUUCAAGCUGAUUUUGGAGAUUAUGACCAGUAUGAAUCUCAGGAGUUUUUGCAGAGAUUUGCCUUAUUCCCUGUGGGUUGGUUACAAGAUGAGAAGAUCCUGGAAGAAGCAACCCAGAAAGUGGCCUUACUCCAUCAGAAGUACAGGGGGCUCCUGCCACCUGAUGCAGAGAUGUUAUAUAUGCAAGAAGUUGAGAGAAUGGAUGGUUAUGGGGAAGAGAGCUAUCCCGCCAAGGAUAGCCAAGGAAGUGAUAUUUUCAUUGGAGCCUGCCUUGAUGGAAUCUUUGUGAAGCACAAAAACGGCCGGCCUCCUGUCAUUUUUAGGUGGCAUGACAUUGCUAAUAUGUCCCACAACAAGUCCUUUUUUGCACUAGAGCUGGCAAAUAAAGAAGAGACUAUCCAGUUCCAAACUGAAGACAUGGAGACGGCAAAAUAUGUAUGGAGAAUGUGUGUGGCCAGGCACAAAUUUUAUAGACUAAAUAAAUGUAGCCUAGAUUCCCCCGAUUCUCCGCCUGAGGAAGGCUCUCAGAAAUCUUUCCUCAUUCUUUCCUUUCCACGCUUUCCAAUCCUUUCUCGUCCUUCUCUACCCAAAGGACAAGCUCAUACAGUGACAGUCAAUCCAGUUAGGAGGCGAUCAUCAUCAAGGCUGUCUCUGCAGCCCAAACCACAACCUUAUAUGAUGACGCCAGCCCCACCGCAGUUACACUACAAUGGACACUUCGCAGAGCCAUAUACAUCUUCACAAGAUAAUCUCUAUGGGAAUAAUCAGAAUGGCUAUUAUUGCCACUCUCAAACCAGCCUGGAUAGAGCACCGCAUGAUUAUAAUGGCAGAAUUCGCAACGGCAGCGUCUACAGCGCUCACAGUACAAACUCCCUGAAUAACCCACAGCACUAUAUGCAGCCAUCACCCAUGUCCUCCAAUCCAAGCAUUACUGGCAGUGAUGUCCUCAGAUCUGAUUAUGUCCCGUCGCAUCGGCACAGUGCCCUUAUACCACCUUCUUAUCGGCCUACCCCAGAUUAUGAGACUGUCAUGAAGCAGCUUAACCGGGGAAUGAUACAUUCAGACAAGCAGAGUCAUUCCAUGAGAAACCUCAACAUUGGCAAUUCAUAUGCCUACAGUAGGCCCGAUGCGAUGGUGUACAGUCAGCCUGAAAUCCGAGAGCAUGCUAAUUUCACUUCACCUCAUUCUGGGCACUACCCAUUUAAUCUAAAUUACAGUUUCCAUAGCCAAUCCCCUUACCCCUAUCCUGCUGAACGGCGUUUGGUGGUCGGAGCUGUCAGUGUUCCUGAAUUGACCAAUGUUCAGUUACAGGCUCAAGAUUAUCCUGCACCAAACAUCAUGAAGACGCAAGUAUAUCGCCCUCCUCCUCCUUAUCCCUAUCCUAGACCGGCCAACAGCACCCCAGACCUCUCCCGACACCUCUAUAUUAGCAGCAGCAAUCCUGACCUCAUCACCCGACGAGUUCAUCACUCAGUCCAGACAUUUCAGGAAGACAGUUUACCGGUUGCACAUUCCCUCCAGGAAGUGAGUGAGCCUUUGACAUCAGCUCGGCAUGCUCAGUUGCAGAAGAGGAACAGUAUUGAAAUUGCUGGUCUGGCUCACAGCUUUGAGGCCAUGAGGAUGAAAGAGAGGACUAUGUCAGCCUCAGCUGCAGAUGUAGCCCUGACAAGGGUGGUCCCUGCUGGAUCCCAGCCCACUGUUUUUCUGGAAAGAACAAAGCAAGAGGAAAAUGAGGAACAAGAAGAAAAUGUGAAUUAUGGGCAUAAGAAGUCUCUUUCAGAUGCCACCAUGCUGAUUCAUAGCAGCGAGGAAGAGGAGGACUUUGAAGAAGACAGCAAGACAAACUCAGCACUCUCUCCAUUCAUUGAUGGGAAAUCCCAGCUUCCUUCUGUCAUGGGUUGUUACCCUCCUGAAUCCUUAUUGAACUAUCCUUACAGUUCCAUUGCUCCCUCUCCUGGUCCUUUACAUAUCCAUGAACCUAAGUUGCAUAUUACAGAAACCGAGAAGAGGGUAAAAGAUGUGAGCCCCACCCACAUCAUGGCUGACACUCAAGUCCAGAGGAGAGGUGAUGGGAUGUUGACCCCAUCUGUAUCUGAAUCUGAUCUAACAAUGUGUGCAAGGUACAGAGUGCGGAAGGAUUCUGUAAAGAAGAGGCCUGUAUCUGAACUACUUUCGGGGAAGAAGAAUGUAGUAGAAGGUUUACCUCCUUUAGGGGUCAUGAAAAAGAACAGAGCUGAAGCAAAAAAAAUUGGACCUUUGAAGUUAGCUGCUCUCAAUGGACUGACAUUAUCUCGACUGCCACUGCCAGAUGAGGGAAGGGAGGAACCCACCAGAGCUACAAAUGAUGAGCGGUGCAAAUGUCUGGAACAACGGUUAGAACAAGGAAUGGUGUUUACAGAGUAUGAGCGUAUCCAAAAGAAAAGGCUUAUGGAUGGCGACUGUUCCAUAGCCCGUCUUCCAGAAAAUGCAGAACGGAACAGAUUCCAAGAUGUACUUCCGUAUGAUGACACCAGAGUAGAGCUGGUUCCUACGAAAGAAAACAAUACAGGCUAUAUUAAUGCUUCCCAUAUUAAGGUCUGUGUUGGGGGUAUGGAGUGGGACUACAUUGCUACCCAAGGCCCUUUGCAGAAUACGUGCCAAGAUUUCUGGCAGAUGGUGUGGGAGCAAGGGAUUGCCAUUAUAACCAUGGUGACAGCAGAAGAGGAGGGUGGCCGAGAGAAAAGUUUCCGAUACUGGCCACGGCUUGGCUCAAGGCACAAUACAGUGACAUAUGGGAGAUUUAAGAUUACCACCCGAUUCCGAACAGACUCCGGUUGUUAUGCAACAACAGGUUUGAAGAUCAAGCAUCUCCUCACAGGGCAAGAGAGAACGGUUUGGCACCUCCAGUACACUGACUGGCCAGAGCAUGGCUGCCCAGAAAACAUAAAAGGAUUUCUAUCAUACCUGGAGGAGAUACAGUCAGUGCGGCGCCAUACAAAUAGCACCGCAGAUCCGACACUUCCAAAUCCCCCUUUGCUAGUGCAUUGCAGUGCCGGUGUGGGAAGAACUGGAGUGGUCAUCUUGUCAGAGGUCAUGAUUGCCUGUUUGGAACACAAUGAGCCUCUAGACAUCCCCAGAAUGCUGGAUAUGCUGAGACAGCAAAGGAUGCUGAUGGUGCAGACCUUAUGCCAGUACACAUUUGUCUAUGGAGUUCUUAUUCAGUUCCUGAAGAGUUCAAGGCUUAUAUAAACCUUCCUCACUCUACUUCCAAGGUUCAUUCUUUGCAAGUUUACAAAAAAAUAGAAAUCUGCCUUCCGUGGGGGCAACCUUCUUGGCAUGGGUUGAAGAUGCUGAAUACCAGUCAUCGCUGUUGGGCCUUACAAAAGAAGACUUUGAGUGGAUGGGCUUCUUUGUUCACAAUGCAUUGGCAGCUGGAAGAAGAAAGGAAAGAGUGUGGCUUCUGAAAUAUAUACAGUAUAUGUACUGCUAUGCCGUGUUUUCCAUGUGCUUUAUAGUGUUACAGUAAGAAAACCUACCUUACCAAAAGAACAUUGCCCAAUACUGGAAAUAAUUGACAUUCGAAUCUUAUAAAAACCCAUUUGGAGAGGAAAGAGAGGGAAAAUGCUGAUGCUUUACCAAUGUAUACUUGUAGAUACAUUAUAUGGGAAAGGUGUUUGCUCUGCACAUAUCAAGAUCACAAGUGGCAAUCACCUUUUUCCAAAUUUUGUAUUUGAAUCAGUACUAAUAUAUAUACAUAUAAAAUGCUUGUGAAUUGUACAGAUUUCAUAUUGGAAACAAUAUCACCAAGAAGCCGUUAAAGCUAUUUAAGGCAGUUAGUUUUGCAUUUAAACUAUGAACAGCACAGUAUUUCAGCAUUAUAUAUAUAUAUAUGAAUGAGAAAGGGGUUAAGGUUUUUGAUUUAAGUUUUGUACAGAAAAGGGGGAAAGAAUGGCAAGAUAUCUCGUAUUAUUUGCAGCAUGAUGAACUAAGGAAGGAAAUGUAUUCAAAGACAUAUAUUUGGCAAUACAUUUGAGGGUAAUGUCGUGGUAAUAAAGUAAGUCAGAAAAAGCCGGGAUAAAUAGUUAUAGCAGGCACUUCUUUUAUCCCCAAAGAGAAGAUAUGAAAGGAGUAUGUUGUUGCCUACAUUUUUAGGCCAAAAGGACAGGUGGGGAAAGUAUUACAUGAAGUUAAGUUGUUCGCCAUGAGUUCUAAAAGAGACCAAAAUGAAAUGUACCCUCAGUGUAUUCAUUUAUUCACAAGACAGUUUUCUACUACUGGUUGAAAUCAAAGUGGAUACAAAUGGUAUUUAAGCACUUUCUUGCCUUUUAUUUAUCUAGGGAAUUAUUCUGAUUGUAUCAAUAUGUUUAAUUGAUUAGCCUACCAGCACUCAUUUUAAAAAAGAAGACUUCAGAGGAGCUUUUUACAAUGAUGUGAGUGAGUGGUCACUUGGUUUUGAAGAUUGGUAAUUGAGAAAUUGUAUGUGAGCCGGGAGAGUGCAAGUGUGGUUAUUGGUUUGCCUGUUUUUAGUGGAGAAGCUGCGGUAUUAUAUAUAUAUCUCCUAAUGAAGAAAAUCAUGAAGUGUCAUAUUGUCAUAUAUUUUUACCCUUCCCUUCCUGGAUGAUAUCCCCAAGAACAGACUCUUCCAUAGAGAUGAGUUGAGGUGAGAUUACAAGGAGCUAUAGAUUUUGGGAAGUCUAACCCCCUUCCUUAGGUUUACUGGAAGGUUCAGCCAUGAUAAAUGUUAUGAUUGGGUGGCAAAAGCCUAUGGAGGGCAUACUCAUCAAUGGCAAAAAGAUUUUCCAUAAUGACUAGCAUGAUAUCGAAAAGUUGUAGAAAGCUAGCAGUUUCUAUUUGUACACAAUACAAAUACCUUAUGGUGGUUGUGAAUAUCGCUAGGUUAGAAAAAUUGCUUCACAGUGCCUCUCAUUAGGUUAUUGGGAUUAUUGUACACUGUUUAGCCAAUCACCAAGUAGAUCUGUUUUUGAGGAUCCAGGUAAAGCUUUGUUUUCGACAUUGGCCAGGAUCGUUCACAGCAAAGUGAUAUUAAAUUUCUGCCAUUGUGGUUGUGUUGAGCUGGCUUCAGAUUGAUGGCCAGAAGAUUCAGACUAUUUUUGAUGUUGGUGAGGCUACUUAAAUAUUGGACAGACUCGCUUCAUUUCUGUUAGUAACCCGUCUGGGUCAACCAGUUUUCCAGUUUUCAAAUCAACCAGUCGAUUUAUUAAUUUCUGUAACAGAUUCAGUUAAGUUAUGGCAUUUUGCCUAAAUUCCUUAAAUCAGCUAGUCCAUUCAUACACUCUGAAAAUGCUACAUUUUGACAGAGCUUUCUGGGAAGCUUGAAGGUAACACGGAAAGGUUUGAAACUCUUGUGCAGGCUCCUAUGGUUAUCAAAAUAUGGUAUGGUAUUCCUAGGAGUACAUUAAAAGCUACCAAUAAUGCAGGCCUGCACAACCUGUGGUCCUCCAGGUGUUUGGGACUCCAACUCCCAGAAGUCAUAUCCAGCUUGUCCAGUGGUCAGGAAUUCUGGGAACUGAAGUCUAAAACACCUUGGAGGCCUACAGGUUGUUCUCUCAUGAUUUGGAGAAUGUUGUUUUCAAUUUUAAACCCUAGCUGGCAUCCUAUUAGUGGUAUAGUCACAUGUUAGUUCCUCUUACACAUGGGGCGCUUUGAAGGUUGCUCCAUCUGCUGCACUUUCCCAGACCUACUGUCCAGCCUCUGAAGGCCCUUAUGUGGCCUCCUUGCAGUGUAGAUUGAGGCUUUGUCUCAUGGGGUCCAGUCAGGAUCCUAGAGCACCGGCUUUGUCUCUAUAGCUAGACAUUUUCCAAUUCUUCUCAUUCCUCAUGAGCCACAGAAAGGCCAUGUAAGGUAUGUUGGGAAUAGAGAAAUAUGGCGCAUCCUAGUGUAGAUCUGCAUGCAGAACUAUUCUGAGCCAUAGAGGAUUGUGGGUCCUACCUUUUGGUUGUAUCAGGCAGCCAUUAUAUAGAGAUUUCAUUACUGAAACUUGUUUUUGUGUAAUGUUUUGUGGGGCUCCUACUCAUAAUCAAACUGGCCUGCUCAGCACAGGGAAGAAAGGGAUGAUGACAACGUUGCAUUAAACACUAAUCUGUCCCUGAACUGUCUUACCGGGGGGGAGGGGGGGGACAGCAGACACUCAGACAAAACACAUCAUGGGUUCCUAAUUCUGCCUGCUGUUUACACAACAGGGUGCCUUUUAAAAGAGGGGCUUACUGGGGUGCAAAGGAAAGGAACACAUUGUGGAUUCUUCCCCUCCACCUGCGGGAACAUAAUUUGCUGAGCUCAGUUAGCCCUUUUUGUGGAAGUCAUCACCCUGACCUUGGCUUGUACUAUACUAUACUUGUACUACCCACAGUUUUAGUGCCUUUUCAGGCAUUGCAACUAAAGUGAUCAAUUGUGUGUGUGUGUUUGCAUGUGCUUGCUACUGUUCAAAAGCUAAUUUCCAAACCAGACAUAUAAGCUAUAAGGUGAGGAUCUUGGGAACCCUACUACAUCAGCUCAAUGCACAGGAAGAGGUCAGAAACCUUAGUAGCACAUUCUUGUGCUGUCCAGUUUAGACACCUAGAGAAUUAAAAGUGUGCUCCUUACUUAGGUAGCGGUGUGGUAUUUUUUUGCUCCUCACCUUCCUAACAGGAGUAGCCUGGGUUUGAGGGUAAGUUGCUUUUCCAAACCACAAGAAUGCUUUGUGAUACCAACAUGGGCAAUGCUACAAGGGAAAAAAGAAGCCUUUAUCAAGUAUGUGCCAGAUGUUUUAGGGGCCUAAGGGAGUUCUGGGUCGUGACUGUUGUCACUACAAUGUAAUAGGAACCAGUUUCUUUGGCUUUCCUUUGCAUCUGUAUGUUGAUGUGCAUUUUGAGGGAUGCUCAAGCUCUUAAGUGGAAUGUAUUGGGUCUUUAACAAGAGCAGUAGAUCCUCGUGCAGCGGAUGGAGAAAGAGCUGGAGUCCUCAGAUCUAGCAUCAUACUUUUCUGAACCCUCUUGGCUACACUUAGGGGCAGGCUACACUUGUAAUGCAGUUCAAACCAAUAUUGAAGAAAGUGGUUUCAUUGUGCAGAUGAUUACACAGGGAAUCCUGGAACCAGUUUGAGGCAUGAAUGAUGAUUACACAAACCACAGAGCACUGAUGCUCAUUAAGUGCUUUCUUUUGCAUGCUUUUGUGGGAAUUUGUUGCCUGGCAGCCAGUUAGAAGCUAGCUUUGAACUGCAUUAAUUGGUAAGUGUAGGUGGGGCCUCAGUAUAAGGUAGCUGUAUCAGUUCCUUUUUCUGUACAGAUUAUCUUGAAUUGUAUUUUUAGGGUAUAAUUUGCUUGGUUCAAUUCUCUUAGAGUGCCAUUUCCUGUUUCACCAAACUAGUCAAUUAACUUAGAAAGUAGUUUGGAGUUUUGUUUUGUUGCUCAAAUCUGCGUACCUAUUAUGUUGCCUUGUGGAAUGAAAGAUGUACCACAGUACUCCCACCUCCAAAAAAAGUCCCGGGUUGCUAAAAGAACAUGGCAUAUAAAUUAAUGAAGGAGGCUACUAGAUAAAAGGAGUAUGUGAUCUAUGUCUUCAGCUAUCUUGGGUGCAUUGAAGCAUCUUGAAGUGGAGAAAAAAAGAUGUGCAUAUGCAAAAACUAAUUGGCUCUUUUCCUUCAGGUGAUUUAGUUGUAUUACGACCUCUUCACAUGACCCUUUCAGGCUGUGCCAUUGUACCACUAAAGGAAAGGUGCAUGGGGCGGCUCAUGGUGCCCCACACACCUCCCCUCCUCCCCUCAUCACAUAGUGGGAAUGGAACAGGGUGUUUUGGCACCCUUUCUCUCCCCCAUAUGAUGGCAGAAAGGGCAGCAACAUGUGGCAAUGUGCAUUGUCCUGCCGCUCUUUCUGCUAUCACAUUACAAAAAGGGGAGGAAAGUGGCGGAGGAAGUGCCAAAGCACUUUGUGUGAUGGCGCGUGGCAGGCCCUGUCCAAACUGCACAUAAAAGCAGCAAAACGGGGCAAAAAUGCUUCAUGUGAAGAGGUCCUUAGAUUAUCCCAGGACUUGGAAGUAGUUUGAAAACAACUUUAAAAAGUACUUCUGGAACACACUGGGUUGCUGUGAGUUUUCCAGUUUGUUUACUCACAGCAACCCAGUAGUUCCCUGCCAUGAAAGCCUUCAACAACUUCUGGAACAGUUGGAGAAAAAAGAGCCAGUUUAUUUAGCUCAUUUUCUUACUAAAUGACACAUUUGCAGCACUAUCCCCCUUUCCUGAAUUGUUUCUGGAACUGAAAUUUAUUUCAAGACUUAGGGCAAUGUCUGGAUUCCUUUGCUACUAAGCAUGAGAAUUACUUCCCAGUAUUCAGAAUUUUGGAGAGCUUACAUAGAUUAGAUAAAAACUAAAGCUUCAAUCUUAUUGGUAGUCCUUGCUAGAGCCAGAGAAUCAACUUGAUUCACCUUUGUGGUGAAUCCGACAGUGGACUGAACAGAUGCGUUCUAAUUGGAAGAAAUCAGGAUUUCAUCCAAAAAAUCUUGGCACCAUUAAGGACUGUUAAAUGUAUUAUUGCAUUAUAGCAUACUUAUUAUAUAGGAUAUUAGUAUAAGGGUCUUACUGAUAAAUCUUGUAUGACCUUUAUGUAUUUUGUAGCACAUAACUGUAGUGAUACAGAGUGGAUUUCAAACAGACCUCAUCCUCAAACCUCACUUACUGAUAAGCAGCUGCUGGGAUUGAUGGGGAUCUCUUCCCCUGUAAUUCAGGAAGUAGUGCCUAACAUUUCUUACUCUUCUUGCAAGUGAUUUCUGGCAAGCCAAGAAGAAGAAUGACCUGUCGCAGAUCCCACCCAUGCUGGAAAUUGCUUACAAAAGGGGAAGAGAGCAGAAAAUAGCAGGCAGCCACUUCUCAAUCAACAGGGAGAUAGACCUCUGUUGAUCCCAGCAGCUGUUUACCAGUAAAUGGGAUUCAGGAGUUUUCAUAAUCCCUGCAUAGCUCCUAAAUUUGGGAAUACACAGAGAAUCAUAAAUACAUAGCAGUUACAAAUGCAUAAUUAUAGGUUACAUAUUCAUAAAUCCCCAAGAGUAGUCUGCCAUAGGACUCUGUCGCUUCUGCUGCAAGUGGCUUGCAUGGCUACCCUUUUGGAAAUGGUUAAGACAAAUGAUAAUGAUGAUGGUGGCUGUUUCUUCCUACACCAGUAAUAUCUGUGUAAGGGUUUGGUAUCAUUAUUUUGGGUUAGAAACAUGUUGUACAGAUGGCCACACCAUACUAAAGAGGUAGGACAGGACUGCAAUGUAUCUGGCAUUGAAAACUUUCAGCUGAGGCUGGGGGGGGGGGGGGGGGGAUUGAUCCUACAAAAUAUCAAGAGAUUCAGAUAAUUCAAAAUCCCAUUGGCCUUAAUCAGAUGUUCAGCAGCUUUUAGAAUUUACUCUAUGCAAGUGUAGCUGGAUCUGGCACUUAAUUUCUCCUUUGUCUUUUUGCGCCAAUAUACAGGGAUUUUUACAAUAUUUUACUACAACAUGAGCACAGAUGCCCCUACUCAAGUAUUAUUUUUCUUGUGUCAAGAGAAGGGGUUCUUUUUCACAAACAUGUGCUCUGCUUUCUCUCUCUUUCUUCUCUGUCUCAAUCAGUACUGUAAAAAUGUAUAAUCACUUCAGCUUUAAAUCUUGUACAAUUGAAAUGGGUUUGUAAAACAAUGUACAAAUUGUAUUUGAUAGAAAGGCUUGUUUUACUUGGAUAUGUAAUAUAUGUGAAAUGAAUUAUAUCAUAGUCUAUUUUUGCCAUGGAAAUAAAUAUUUGAAGCGCUUCUA